AUGUGAAUAGCACCCACAAAAACAAAACAAAAAAUCUACUAAUACUACUAGGACAACUUCCAACUAGUUAAUAGAGGAGACAUAUCUAUCAUCUCUCUUCUGAAAACCUUUCCUCAACAACUUAACAUCUCUAUAAGUCGUACGUUUUCACGUUCAUUCAAUUCUCAGCAAAAAAUCUUCACUUUUUUUUUCUCCAUUUCCUAUUCAACUCUUCCAUACACAUCCAUUUAGACAAACGUGCAAAACAGGUCAUAAGAAUAUUUAUAGGUUAGGCAGAAACUAAAAACUAGUUUUUGUACAAACCAUAGCCAUAGCAAUAAGAGCUAUAACUACCCCUUUUUCUACCCCUUUCACGGCAACCAUUCAUUCUUGAUUUGUCUAUAUAUCGCCUUCAUUACACUGAAUCUAAUUCUGACAUUUAGAUUCUUACCAUUGAACCCGUUGCAUAGUUUAAUAUUUGGCAAUUUUUUAGUGAUUUCACAUUUAUUUUCAUAUUCUUAUAUCAAAAUAUUGUGUUCAGUUAAACCAUUAAUUAUACUCUCCUUCCUCCUCCGGACCUUAUAAGGAGAUCAGUAACUUUGCGUUCUUAGCUUAUUUGUGUUAUAGGAAAAAAUGUGGAAUCUAAACGAUUCUCCCAAUCGAAGAAUGGAAGAUGAAUCAGAAGAAGGUUGUUCUUCUCCCAUUGAACUUGAUGAGAAAGGUAAACGGGUCGGAUCGGUCUCAAAUUCAAGUUCAUCAGCUUUGGUUAUUGAGGAAGGUAAUAAUUCCGAGGAAGAAGAAGAUGGUGAAAAAGGUAAGAAAAAGAGAAAUACACCUAGUAAAAUAUUUGGGUUUUCAGUUAACGAUGACAACUUCUCGUCGGAGAGUGAACCGCCGGUUACUCGGCAGUUUUUUCCGGUUGAUGAGUCAGAAAUGGGAGGUGGGUCCAUAAAUUUUCCGAGGGCUCAAUGGGCUGGAGUUAAAUUUUGCCAAUCGGAGCCACGUGGCAACACUAUAGUGGGAAACCCUACAGUAACUCAGCAGCAACAACAGCCAAUUAAAAAGAGCCGCCGUGGACCACGGUCUAGGAGUUCACAGUACCGUGGUGUUACCUUUUACCGGCGGACUGGCCGGUGGGAGUCACACAUAUGGGAUUGUGGGAAACAAGUUUAUCUAGGUGGAUUUGAUACGGCACAUGCAGCAGCACGUGCAUAUGAUAGAGCAGCAAUCAAGUUCCGGGGAGUGGAGGCAGACAUAAACUUUAACUUGGAGGAUUAUGAGGCAGAAUUAAAACAGAUGACCAAUCUAACCAAGGAAGAAUUUGUGCAUGUACUGAGGAGACAAAGUACUGGUUUUCCUAGAGGAAGCUCCAAGUAUAGAGGUGUCACUUUGCAUAAAUGUGGUAGAUGGGAGGCUAGAAUGGGACAGUUCUUAGGCAAAAAGUACGUUUAUUUGGGCCUCUUUGAUACUGAAGUUGAAGCUGCCAGGGCUUAUGAUAAAGCUGUUAUCAAGUGUAAUGGGAAGGAUGCAGUUACUAACUUUGAUCGUAGCAUUUAUGAAAAUGAACUUAACUCAACUGAACCUGCCGAUAAUGCAGCCGACCACAAUCUUGACUUAAGCUUAGGAGGUUCAAACUCAAAGGAAAGCAGCCGAGAAAUAGGGGACAAUAAGGGGCAAAAUUCAUCAUCUUUGCAGUUAGAUGCCCAUUGGCGGCACCAAGAGUCGAGGUCUAAGCUACCUAGUCCAAUCGGUUUUGAUGGCCAAAGAAGAGAUGGGUAUAAUGAAACUGAAACCUUGCAGCUCUUGAGCCAAACGCAUCUAAAUAUUUCAGGCUCUUUGCAGCCUAAUAUUAAUGAAAUGCAAAGAAUUGGCCAAUUUAUUAGAGAUGGUGAAUCCCAUAUGGUUCAAGUGUUUCCACGACAGUUCAGCUCAUAUCAAAUUCCGUCUCCAAGCAGCAGUAAUGUAGGCCGAAUUGGGGGCACAAAUUCUCAAGAAUGGUACCCUAAUAAUAUUCCUCCUCAUAUAUUUGCAACUGCUGCAGCAUCAUCAGGAUUCCCCCAGCAGAUAGUAAGACCUCAAAAUUGGUCUCAAAAUAAUGGCUUUCAUCAUAAUUUUAUGAGACCCCCUUAACCAUUAAUUUUCUCUAUUUGCUUUUAUAAGCUUUGUAAAGAGUAAAAAGUUGAGCUUCUUUAUUAAUACUCUCGAAAGAAACAGACAAUUGGUAGUAGUAUAUGUUAACCAGGGUUCUUGAUUUUUUGGAACCAUGGAAAAAAAAGGGUGGAAAAAAGUUUUGGGAAAUGGCAACUCUUUGGAAAAGUAAAGUCUUAAUUUUUUGUAUUCUUUUUUAAUUUAUAUUUAAAUUAAAGUUUUGUUAUUGGUCCAAAUUAACUGAGGAAAGAUUUUCUACUAGAUUUCUUCUUGUUGUUUGUUUAUUUUUGUCUUUGUUCUUUUGACCUGUGACAAAAGCUGUAUUCGUUUAAAAGUUUGUUAUAUUAAUCGAGUAAUGACGGAAAGUCGCUGAUUCUUGUCCA